AUUGGUUUAUUAUUAUUAUUUGACAUUUGCAUUAUGUCAAAGACGUUCGCUAGAUGCCUAGCUUUUGGGAUAGGAAUUCUCUUACUGCUAGUUAUGUUUUACUCAUCAGGAAAACAACCACCAGAAACGCAAACUGGACAGUCUUCACAAAAAUCAUAUAUAACUGUAAGGACUUCUAGCACGGAAGUGACGUUAUGGUCACAUGAUCUUACUUCCUGGAAGCAGAAUACAUCGUUGUGUGACCAUCCCAAGGUUGACAGGUCCUCAGUUCUAAAUACGCCCUCUGGAGCUGUCAGUAUUUCUGUGUACGACCCCCAAAAGGAUAUAUGGGUGUCAAAGAGAAUAGUGGAAACCGGUGACUUUGACGGUCGCAAAAGACAAUUAGUGUUUGAAUUAAUAAACAACGAUGAACUGGAUGUUAACUUCAUAGAUAUAGGAUGUAAUGUUGGGGUGUAUUCAUUAACAAUGGCUAAGAUGGGUAGAAAGGUUUUGUGUAUUGAUGCUUUAUAUCUCAAUGUAAAACACGUGUGUGCCUCAAUAAUGCAAAAUAAUUUUCAAAAUUCCAUCACGAUAGUGAUGAAUGCUUUAUCUAAUAGCAGGAAGUAUGUGGAACUAGGAAUAGACAGUAAGAACUUUGGCGGGACCUUUGUUGACGAGGACGCUGAUUUUGUUAAGAAGAAGAAAGGAGGGACUGCCACAGGAGAGCAUUAUACAAGUAUUUCGUCUAUUGUUAUGGACGACUUAUUACUGUUACCAAAUAUUAAUUUGUUCAGAAAAUCUUUCAUCAAAAUGGACAUAGAGGGGUUUGAAUGGAAGGCUCUAGAGAGAGCUUCUGCCUUUUUUAAAGCUAUUGACGUUCGAGGUGUUUUUAUGGAAUGGAUCUUCCAUCGAGGGAAAGACUCGGGGGUUAAAAUAACAGAGUUCUUCAUUCAGCAUAAUUUAUAUCCUCAUGCUCAAGUCUCUCCGACGACUUACCGUCCUCUUGAUGUAAGUAAAGAAGGGAAUUGGAAUUUCAUGGAUAUAUUGUGGCUAAAACGAUAGCAAUGUGUUGUAAGGUGGUAUGUCCAUCCUUCAAAUGACAAUGUUGAAGAAAAUAGUGGUGUAACUGAUAUGAAUCUGAGGAGAUGGCUCCUACCUGUGUAUAUAUGAUGGGUGAUUUUAUUUCAAAUAGAGCAGUUCUUUAGACUUGAAAAGUUUUAUUUUCUCAUAUAUCAGCUGCAAGUACUUUUGAGGGAACAUAUUCUGACAAUUAAUUAUUUGAAUUGGGAUUUCAUAAAAAACUCAGCUGCGUUUUGUUUAUUCAAUAUACAUGUAUAAUUUAACAGCAGGGUGGUAAUUGAUGCGGAAUUGAUAAAAUUAUCGAAAUAGCUGUGGUGUUAUGUUUGUGCUGAUGGCUUUUAAAUUAUUAAGACGUAUUGUUAAUGUUAUUCCUUCCUAUUCUUAGUUGAACUGUUUGGUUUAGUACGUAAAUUAUGCUAAAUGUUCUAUGUGUAUGUCUCAUGUUCUCCUUUGUUUAAUCAUCCUAUUACAAUAAAUAAAUGUUUUUGAUAUUAUGUACAAGUCAUUUCAAUCUUAGUUCGUCUGUUACAUUUACAAAC